AUGUCUCAAAAACAAAAAGUACGAAAAGAACAGCCACAGUUAGAGGGAAAUGCAGCUUUGCAGGUCGAACGAUCUAUGCAAUACACGUUAGAUUGGAACUUAGAUCCAUUGGAUUCAAUUGAUGAGCUCUUUAGGGAUUUGGAGAAAGAGGCCAAUCAGGACAAUCCUUCCAUCAAUCUUGAGCCUAAAAAACAACCUAAUCAAUUCAGCACAAAAGCGCCAAGGAAAGCGUUGAAGGCUCCAAGGAAAGCAAUAAAAGCUCCCCAAGUCUCCCCUCAAAAGGUUAAAAAGCCUAGAAGGUGGAAGAAGGGUACUGUUGCUUUGAGAGAAAUAAGAAAGUAUCAGCGGAGCACGGAGCUAUUAAUUCCAAAGGCAAACUUUGUGAGAGUGGUACGAGAUAUUGCUAAUAGGGGAAGAGAAGAUUGUCCUUUUCGCUUCUCUGCUGAUUCCUUAUUGGCUUUACAGGAAGCAGCAGAACAUUAUCUGGUCAAUUUGUUUGAAAAUGCCUAUCUUUGUUGUAAGUACUAUUUACAAUGUUAUCAUCGCUUGAAAAAAGUGUUUCAACCUGGAAGCGCUUCAUGCGGGACGAGUCACUCUGAUGACAAAGGAUAUCGAAUUGAUAAAAAGAAUUAUGGAAUUAAAUUGAGCCAUCACUAA